AUGGACUAUUCCGACUACUCGUCGCAGCGCGUGCUGCACACCGGAUCGUUCACCGGAUUCCAUCGCAUGGGAUCACUCGGUAGCCACUAUCUCUCCGCGACCGAGCAUAUCAAACAGCCGCUAUGCGGCAACGAGGAGGGUUGGGGGCCAUUGAGCCCGAUCCGAUACGACUUCACACCCUGCUUCAUUGAUGUUUGGAUAGCCUCCGUCGCUGCGUUCGGUGUCGUCUUUGGACUGCUCGCAAUCAUCUGGCUUGUCCAGCGCAAGAGACCUUCCGACGCCCCCAAAGACUGGCACUUCUGGGCAAAGCAGACACUACUUGGAUUCAUUAUCGCCGAUGUCAUUGUACAACUCGUAAUUCAAAUAAUUAGCUAUCCCGGAGUCUGGUACGGCGAUUUCAGAUUCUGGACUACCGUCGGCACCAUCCUCUCCCUCGGUGUAAUCUUCUCCAUCCAAUGGCUCGAGCACGCCCGACUGCGCAAUGCGAACGGCGUCGUUCUGUUCUACUGGCUAUUUCUCCUGAUCGCAUACGCUGUAAAGCUCCGAUCCCUCAUCUCCCAGCAGCUGUACACCAAGAACGAGGCCUACUUCAUCACUUACACAAUCGGCUUCGCACUGUCCAUCGUGGAGUUUGGGCUCGAGUGGCUUUGGCCCAGGAAAGUCAGCGCAUACGAGGCUCUGAUUGACGAGGAGGAGUGCCCGAUCGAAUACGCGACUGUAUUUUCCCUACUAACCUUUUCGUGGAUGACACCUUUGAUGCGCUACGGCUACAAGCAGUACCUGACUGAGGACGAUCUUUGGGGGCUUGCCAAGAAGGACCAGACGAAGAACACUGGAGACGCAUUCCAAGAUGCUUGGGAGAUUGAGCUCAAGAAGAAGAACCCUUCGCUGUGGAUUGCCAUGUUCAGAGCCUACGGCGGCCCUUAUGCGGUUGCCGCGCUCUUCAAAAUCGUCAAUGAUGUCACCCAAUAUCUCCAGCCGCAACUGCUCAAGUACCUCAUCGCUUUCGUCGAUUCGUACCGCUCCGACAGCGACGCUGAGGAGGAGCCGGUCAUCUGGGGUGCUGCGCUUGCGUUGGCCAUGUUCGCCUGCGCCGUGCUCCAGACUGCCAUGAUUCACCAAUACUUCCAACUCGCCUUCGUCACCGGCAUGCGUAUCAAGGGCGGCCUUGCGUCUGCCAUCUACAAGAAGUCCAUGAAACUGUCCAACGAGGGCCGGUCAUCUAAGACGACUGGUGACAUUGUGAACUACAUGGCUGUUGAUGCGCAGCGUCUGCAGGAUCUGACCCAGUUCGCCCAACAGGUCUGGUCUGCACCUUUCCAGAUCAUCAUCUGCAUGGUUUCCCUGUAUCAAUUGGUUGGCUGGUCCAUGCUUGCUGGUAUUGGUGUCAUGAUCAUUAUGAUGCCUGCCCAUGGCUUUAUUGCGAGAAUCAUGAGAAACUUGCAGAAGGAGCAGAUGAAGAACAAGGACAAGCGAAGCCGUCUCAUCAACGAGAUCAUCACCAACAUGAAGAGCAUCAAGCUCUAUGCCUGGGGUGCAGCCUUCAUGAACAAGUUGAACUUUGUGCGAAAUGACCUUGAGCUGAAGAACCUGCGCAAGAUUGGCGCUACUCAAGCUUUCGCCAACUUUACCUGGAGCACUGCUCCCUUCUUCGUGUCUUGCUCUACCUUUACCGUGUUCGUGUUGACGCAAGAUAAGCCCUUGACGACUGAAAUCGUCUUCCCAGCACUGACUCUCUUCAACCUCCUCACUUUCCCCCUGGCUGUUCUUCCUAUGGUAAUCACCUCCAUCGUUGAGGCCAGCGUUGCGGUCGGUCGUCUGACUGACUUCCUUACGGCUGAGGAGAUCCAGCCUGACGCCAUUACCAUCAAGCCCGCCCCCGAGGAGAUGGGAGAGGAGACCGUUAUGAUCCGAGACGGAAACUUCUCCUGGAACCGUCAUGAGGACAGGGAGGUCCUCAGGGACAUUGACUUCACCGCCUACAAGGGCGAGUUGUCCUGCAUCGUCGGCAGAGUCGGCGCGGGCAAGUCUUCCUUCCUUCAGAGUAUUCUGGGUGAUCUUUGGAAGGUGAAGGGUGACGUCCAAGUUCAUGGAACUGUGGCGUAUGCUUCUCAGAGCGCUUGGAUCUUGAACGCCACGGUGAAGGAGAACAUUGUUUUCGGUUACCGAUAUGAUUCCGAAUUCUAUGAAAAGACUGUCAAGGCCUGUGCGCUGCUUGAUGACUUCAACCAGCUUCCCGACGGCGACGAGACUGUUGUCGGUGAAAGAGGUAUCUCUUUGAGUGGCGGUCAGAAGGCUCGCGUUGCUUUGGCUAGAGCAGUUUAUGCUCGAGCUGACAUCUACCUCUUCGACGACGUCCUGUCCGCCGUGGAUUCGCAUGUCGGUCGCCACAUCAUUGAGAAUGUCCUGGGCCCCAGAGGUCUCUUGAACACCAAGACUCGUAUCCUCGCAACCAACGCCAUUGCAGUCCUUCCCGAGGCCAGCUACAUCACUCUGCUCCGGGAUGGUGAAAUCGCCGAGCGAGGAACCUACAAGCAGCUUGUGGCCAUGAAGGGCAUGAUUAACGAACUCAUGAAGACCGCUGGACAAGACUCAGGAUCAUCUUCCUCGGCCAGCUCGAGCGGUUCCAGCAGCGAGACCUCCACGGUCAUCGAAGCCGAGGGCAGCAGUCAAGAGAAGGCCGAGAUGGAGGAAGCCCAGGAGCAGCUGCCUGAGAUGGAGCCUAUUAAGACUGGCGCUGCCAUGCAGCAUAAGAAGCGGUCAUCGAGCAUGGCAACUCUUCGCCGUGCAAGCACCGCCAGCUUCAGAGGCCCUCGUGGCAAGCUCACUGACGAGGAAGUCUCCGGCAGCAAGACCAAGCAGGCCAAGGAACAUUCUGAGCAAGGCAAGGUCAAGUGGGAUGUCUACUUGGAGUACGCCAGAAACAGCAACGUUAUUGCUGUCAUCAUCUACCUAGUGACUCUUGUUGCCUCCCAGUCGGCCAACAUUGGUGGUUCUGCUUGGCUCAAGACCUGGGCUGAGCACAACGCCAAGUACGGCGGCAAUCCCGAAGUUGGCAAGUACAUUGGCAUCUACUUCGCAUUUGGUAUCGGAUCUUCUCUCUUGACUGUCUGUCAAACACUCAUCUUGUGGAUCUUCUGCUCUAUCGAGGCGUCACGAAAGUUGCAUGAAGCCAUGGCCAAUGCCAUCUUCAGGUCCCCCAUGUCCUUCUUUGAUGUCACGCCUACGGGGCGCAUUCUGAACAGAUUCUCCAGUGAUAUCUACAGGGUUGAUGAGGUCCUCGCCAGGACAUUCAACAUGCUUUUCGUGAACGUUGCUCGCUCCGGCUUCACUCUGGGUGUUAUCGCUAUUGCCACUCCCGCUUUCACUGCUUUGAUUAUUCCUAUCGGCCUCAUGUACUACUGGAUCCAGCGAUACUACCUUCGCACUUCCCGAGAGCUCAAGCGACUUGACAGCGUUACCAAGAGUCCGAUCUACGCUCACUUCCAGGAGUCUCUCGGAGGUAUCUCGACUAUCCGAGCCUACCGACAGCAGCAGAGAUUCGAGCUCGAGAACGAAUGGCGUGUCGAUGCCAACCUCAAGGCUUACUUCCCCUCUAUCAGCGCCAACCGAUGGCUGGCUGUCCGACUGGAGUUCAUCGGUGCCAUCGUCAUUAUGUCUGCCGCUGGUUUUGCUGUCGUCUCCGUCGCAAGCCACAGCAACCUCAGCCCUGGUCUCGUCGGUUUGGCCAUGUCCUAUGCCCUGCAGAUCACCACAUCUCUCAACUGGAUUGUCCGCCAGACCGUAGAGGUCGAGACGAAUAUUGUUUCAGUCGAGCGUGUUCUGGAGUAUGCCAGACUGCCCAGCGAGGCCCCUGAAAUCAUCAAGAGCAACAGGCCUCCUGUUGCUUGGCCCUCCAAGGGCUCUCUUGAGUUCAAGAACUACAGCACUCGCUACCGCGAGGGUCUGGAUAACGUGCUGAAGAACAUCAACCUCGACAUUAAGUCGCACGAGAAGAUUGGUGUCGUUGGCCGCACGGGAGCCGGCAAGUCAUCGUUGACACUGGCAUUAUUCCGCAUCAUCGAGCCGACCGCUGGUAACAUCAGCAUUGACAAUCUGAACACAUCCUCCAUUGGACUUUUGGACCUCCGUAGAAGACUUGCCAUCAUCCCGCAAGACGCGGCCCUUUUCGAGGGCACUAUCCGGGACAACCUGGAUCCCGGCAACGUGCAUGACGACACCGAGCUUUGGAGCGUGUUGGAACACGCCCGGUUGAAGGACCACGUAUCAAGCAUGGAAGGCGGCCUCGAGGCGAAGAUUAACGAAGGAGGCUCCAACCUCUCACAGGGUCAGCGGCAGCUCGUGUCGCUCGCCCGCGCCAUGCUGACGCCGUCCAACAUUCUCGUGCUCGACGAGGCCACGGCCGCCGUGGACGUCGAGACGGACGCCAUGCUGCAGACGACGCUGCGCUCGCCUCUCUUCGCCAACCGUACCAUCAUCACCGUCGCUCACCGUAUCAACACCAUUCUCGACAGCGACCGCGUCGUCGUCCUCGACAAGGGCCAGGUCGUCGAGUUCGACACCCCUCAAGAGCUUAUUAAGAAGCAAGGCGUGUUUUACGGGCUUGUCAAGCAGGCCGGUCUGGAUACCGAAUAG